UGUACAGAGCUACCAUCCUCCUACCUAGUGGUCUGCGCCUGCGAAAUGAAGAUAGUUUUUCACCAAUGCAGAAGGGUGCCAACACUAUGGCUUCAUGGUAUUCUAAGCAUAGGCUGCAAUAUAGCAGCAUGGUCGCACGACGCGUCACUUUGUACCCAGGACAAGAUUUCUCAAAGAAGAAGGUCGGAGUGUUCUUGUGCCUGCUGUAUAUCAGAUGGGAUCGGCUUCGUGAUCAGGGAUAGGUGAAUCUGAAUGAGCAUGUUCUAUAUGUGUAUGACUUUUGGGGACUUUGGGCGUUGCUCUCAAGGCCACCUUGAGAUCGCCCGUCGAGACUUUAACGUUCAAUUUAGAUUGAUAUGGCUGUCGUCGUGC